AAUGAAUGGAAGGGAUUCGGGAGACCGGACCUUUCUGGGCAUAGCAAUACCGUACAUUACGGAAUCCCGCCAUUGCCUUCUCUCGUUGCCGACCUUUACCGUACUGCACAUGUACCGGCUGUACCGUUACGGCCAGAUGGGAAAAAAAAAAAGAGCUUCUCCCGAAACCUCAGCAUCUUUUCUUCUUCUUUCUCACUAUCACACUAUCUUAAUAUACCCAGACCAUCUCCAUUCCUCAUUUACACUCAACCGCUCAUAAAGAGUGUUUGUUUCGACAUGGCUUCUUCAUUGAGAAUCGGAACUUCUGUCCUUCGUUCUUCUCUCGCCGGUAAGCCGGUCGUGCACUCUGCUGCCUUGAAUGGUUUGCGCUGCUACUCUACCAGCAAGGCUAAGACCUUGAAGGAAACCUUCGCCGAUAAGCUCCCUGGCGAGAUUGAGAAGGUCAAGAAGCUCAGGAAGGAACAUGGCAACAAGGUCAUUGGCGAGCUCACCCUUGACCAAGCCUAUGGCGGUGCUCGUGGCGUUAAGUGCCUUGUGUGGGAGGGCUCUGUUUUGGACUCCGAGGAGGGUAUCCGUUUCCGUGGAUACACUAUUCCUGAAUGUCAGAAGCUCCUUCCUAAGGCCCCCGGUGGCGAGGAGCCUCUCCCUGAAGGUCUCUUCUGGCUGCUGCUGACCGGCGAGAUUCCCUCCGAGCAGCAGGUUCGCGCCCUGUCUGCUGAGUGGGCUGCUCGCUCUGAUCUCCCCAAGUUUAUCGAGGAGCUGAUUGAUCGCUGCCCCAGCACGCUCCACCCCAUGGCUCAAUUCUCUCUGGCCGUCACCGCCCUGGAGCAUGAGUCCGCUUUCGCCAAGGCCUACGCCAAGGGUAUCAACAAGAAGGACUACUGGAACUACACCUUCGAAGACUCCAUGGACCUCAUUGCCAAGCUGCCCACCAUUGCCGCGAAGAUCUACCGCAACGUCUUUCGGGACGGCAAGGUUGCUCCUAUCCAGAAGGACAAGGACUACUCCUACAACUUGGCCAACCAGCUGGGCUAUGGAAACAACAAUGACUUCGUUGAGCUCAUGCGUUUGUAUCUGACCAUCCACUCUGACCAUGAGGGUGGAAACGUUAGCGCUCACACCACCCACCUUGUUGGUAGCGCACUGAGCUCCCCCAUGCUUUCUCUGUCUGCCGGUUUGAACGGAUUGGCUGGCCCUCUUCACGGAUUGGCUAACCAGGAAGUGCUCAACUGGCUCACCAAGAUGAAGGCAGCCAUUGGUAACGACCUUAGUGACCAGGCUAUCAAGGACUACCUGUGGUCCACCUUGAACGCCGGUCAGGUUGUCCCCGGCUACGGUCACGCCGUCCUUCGUAAGACCGAUCCUCGCUACGUUUCUCAGCGCGAGUUUGCCCUUCGUAAACUCCCUGAUGACCCUAUGUUCAAGCUAGUCAGCCAGGUAUACAAGAUUGCUCCUGGCGUGCUUACUGAGCAUGGAAAGACCAAGAACCCCUUCCCCAACGUUGAUGCUCACUCUGGUGUCCUCCUUCAGUACUAUGGCCUGACUGAGGCUAACUACUACACCGUUCUGUUCGGUGUUUCUCGUGCUCUUGGGGUCCUGCCCCAGUUGAUCAUUGACCGUGCUCUUGGUGCUCCUAUUGAGCGCCCCAAGUCCUUCAGCACUGAGGCUUACGCCAAGCUUGUCGGUGCUAAGCUGUAAAUUUGUUGAAUGAUAUGAAAAAGAGAAGGGGUUUGUUAUGAUUAAGCACACAAUUUUGUAUUAUUCCCUUACUAUUUUAUUAGACUAGGACACGACGAGUGUUGUGGUUAGUUUGAUUAAUGUAUGAUAGGACUUUGUUCGAGCAGGCCUUGUAACAGCACUCCAAAAUCGUGUUGAUCUCCAUAUCAUAAAUGCUUCCUUAGUAGUAGAGAGAUUUCUACAAGCUUUUACGUAGUCACUAGAAUAAUCGCAAGACUUCUCGAUCGGGAAAAGAACAACCCCCCUAUGCAAGGGGGUACAGGGACGGAAAGCUACUGAAAUUGGUACUGGUUGGUGUACAUAAUAAGUAUGGAGUACGAUUUCCUCUUGACUAGCACUUUCAAUCCCGAGGUUCAUCUAACAUGGGCUCCACACAUCUGACAUCUAGGGAUAUUGCCUGAUUCAUCACAUGAAUGAGAGCGUAUCUACUACUAGUACUCUGUAUAUGUGUGUACCUUAGUGAUAAGUCGGUAAUAUCUCCGGCUAUCGUACUAGUACAGCGGAGUUCCUGAUAACUACAAUAAUAGGUUGGAAAAAAAAAAAGACGUAGAGGUUUACUGUUUCAGAGUAUUAACAAAUUACGCCGAGGUACGUAUGUACAUACCUACAUACAUACAUACAUUUUGCUUAGUGUUCUCUACCCAGGCAGAAG